GACAUUGGAAAGUAAUCGCGACAAUGGAAAGUUUGUUUUUGGCUGCCUCCGUGUUUUCUUUUGUGAAAAUCCAGUGAAAAACCGCAGCAGAGAUGUCUACCACUACUCUUUCGAGUAACAAAGUAUGUCGGCUUUGCUUAGCAAAGGAACAGGAUGUUUAUUUGGGCGAUAAAUUGGCCAAAGACGCAAAAUACUGGCAAGUUGCUACCAGCUUCACAAACAUCAAGUAUUCACCCCACGAUGGAUUGCCACAGUCCAUUUGUCGGAUGUGUGCAUCCCAGCUGUCCAAUAUCUACAUCUUCAAGCAGCGCUGCGAGACAUCCCAUGAGACUCUGCUGGCCAAUUUCGUCAAUGACAUCAAUGUUGAGUAUCUGGAGGAUGAAAAGUUCAUCCCAGAAUUCAGCACGAUCAUUGUGAAGGAGGACGAAGAGAUGAUUGAUGAUCAUUUUGAUAAUCGGGAUAUCAUGCUGGAGAGUGAUGGGGCAGAUGAUGGAAUAGAUAAUUUGCUGGAUGAUAAGGAAUUGCUGGCAAAUGUGGAGACGGAAAUUGUGGAACCAGUGGCCAAGGUGAGACCCAAGAAGGAGCCAUCGACUGAGCCCAAAGGCAAAAGGGUCCGGCGGAAAAACUAUCAAUGCAACGAAUGCGGAGUUCUGGUGGAGUCUCCGAGUAAGUUGGCUCGUCAUUUGAGGAUUCAUGUGUUCGACAAUCAAAAGGUCCUGCACAGCUCGAAGAUUGGCAAAGUGUUCUCCUGCAAGAACUGCGGAAUGGCUUUCCUGAAGACAAAACAGUUGAGGAUUCAUCUGUUGAGUGGACGAUGCAAGAGAAUGCCAGGAAAUCAGGAUUGGCCACUGGAGGAGGACAAACCUGCUACGGAGAGUACUAGCCUGGAAACUGGUCAGGGAGUGGGUGUAAAGAGUGAAGAAUCUGCAGGAAAUUCCGCUGAGAUAAUCGUAGAGGAACAUUCAAGUAGCUUCAAGUGUUACAUUUGCUUCGAGUGCUACGAUAGUCUGGACACCUUGGAGAUUCACAUGAAGGAAGUCCAUGGGAGAGUAGGAGAUCCUCUGUUCUGUUGCACUCGAUGCUCCUUCACGCAUGAAUCUGCCGAUGAGAUGAUCGAGCAUUAUCGCGUGAAUCAGUCCUGUGGCGAGGAAGCGAGAUCCGGCGAGAAGGACAAUCGUUUCAAGUGUGAAAUCUGCGAUAAACAAUUCCGGUACAAAUCCUCCCUGAAGAACCACAGUGUCUGCCACACGGGCGAGAAGCGCUUCGAAUGUGACAUCUGCUUCAAGAGAUUCACUCGAAAGGGCGAAAUUAUCGUCCACAAGAGGCUUCACUUUGACCUCAGGCCAUACGUCUGCCAGGAUUGUGGCAUGGGUUUCCGGAAAUCCAGCAAUCUCAUCCGCCAUCGGGUCAUUCACACCGGAGAGGCCAACUAUCAAUGCCACGUCUGCCUGCGGCGCUUCAAGUGGCCCACAGCUCUCAAGUGUCACAUGAAUUCUCACACUGGCGAAAAGCCCUACCGAUGCAAAUACUGCCCCAAGGCCUACACCAGUAACAGCGGACUCAUCAAGCAUUACGCUAAUCAUCCGGACAUUGAAGGAGAGGUGGAAGUGUGCAAUUGAUCGAGCCGGAAAUCCACUUAAACCCAAUUCCAAUUAUCCAUUAAAAAAAAAAACAUAGUUCAUCUCUAAUAUUUCCGGACUCUAGGCUGAAACAUCCUGGCAUUUCCAUCAGCAGUUUGUAGUAGUUGAAAUCCUAUGAGGAUUUUUAAUUGUGAAUAGGAGCAUAAAUUUUUAUUUAAUUCCUUCUGUGUAACUUUUAUUCGGGCUAAUUAAAUGUUUAUCGUCUAAUAAUA